CCCAUAGUUAUCUUCUAAUUCAUCUCCACUUUCAACCUACGAUUUUUAAAAAAAUUCCUUUCCAACUUGCAUGUGUUUUUGUUUUUCAGGUUUUAGGUUUUUAAGAUGAUGAGUUUGUAAUUUAAAUCUUCAAGUAAUUAAUAAGGUUGUAUUGUACAGGAAUGGCAGGCUGCAGCAGCCAUGUCGUUUCAGCCUAUGAAGACGCGUAUACUUAUCUUCACCAUCCGGCAGUUAUCAUAGGAGGAUUGUUUGCACUUGUAGCUCUCAUUCUCUCCCUUUUUCUCAUUCUUCAGCAUCUCAGAUUCUAUACAAAUCCUGCUGAACAAAAAUGGAUUGUUUCUAUUGUGUUCAUGGUUCCUGUCUACGCUACUGAGUCAGUUAUAUCAUUGUGGAACCCAAGAUUUUCUCUUGCCUGUGACAUUUUGAGAAGUUGCUAUGAAGCCUUUGCCUUAUAUUCUUUCGGAAGAUAUUUGAUUGCUUGUAUAGGUGGUGAAACAAGAGUUAUUCAGCUUCUCGAAAAUGAAUCUAGAAAACGGCUAGGUAAGCUAUUGCUAGAAAGAGGAGAAGGAGAAGGAGGAGGAGGAGAAGAAGAAGAAGAAGAAGAGAUACAUCAAAAGUCGUUCUGCAACUUCUUCUUCCGUCCAUAUCUCCUUGGGAAAGACUUGCUUACAAUAGAAAAAUUCGGUAUCGUUCAAUAUAUGAUUCUGAAGACACUGUGCGCGUUCUUAGCACUUUUCUUGGAGGUCUUUGGUGUUUAUGGUGAUGGGGAAUUCAAAUGGUACUAUGGGUACCCAUACAUAACAGUAGUUAUGAAUUUCAGUCAAAUGUGGGCACUAUAUUGCCUUGUGCAGUUCUACAAUGCAACUCAUGAAAGGCUUCGACCUAUAAAGCCACUGGCAAAAUUUAUCAGUUUCAAAGCUAUUGUGUUUGCCACUUGGUGGCAAGGAGUAGGCAUUGCUCUGCUCUGUGCAUAUGGGGUUCUGCCCAAACAUGGGAAAAUGCAGACUGCAUUGCAAGACUUUUUUAUUUGUAUAGAAAUGGCAAUUGCAGCCGUUGCUCAUGUAUUUGUCUUCUCUGCGGAACCUUAUCAUUUUCUCCCAGUUUCAGAGAACAGAAAGGGAAUGGUCAGCGCUGAAACAACCAAAGCAACAUUGAAGGUAGAGCAAAGCAAUGAGGAAAAACCAGCCAUGGUAGAAAAAACAGAAACUCAGGUGGAGGCACCUGGAACAAGCAUCAAAGAGAGUGUCCAAGACAUAGUUGUUGAAGGUGGUCACCGGGUGCUGGAGGAUGUUGUAUUAACCAUUAAUCAAGCAAUAGGACCCAUGGAGAAAGGUGUAACAAAAAUCUAGGAGACCUUACACAGAAAAACAGAGGCAGACAACCAUCAUGAAGAGUCUGAGUUGGAAGUUGAGGAACAUGUUGAACAGCAUCUUCUGGCUAGUGAAAGUCAUUCUGAGCUCCAUGUCUAAGGAUUGCUACUUAAGUUUAGUUAUACAAAUUGCAUGUAUCAUGUUUUUUAAAAGUUCCGUCUGCUGUUGAACAUGAUAUAUUCUGAAAUAAUCCAUAUCACAUUCGUUCUUCGAGUUCAUUA